CGUUGCCAUGGAGCGCGCGCACCAAACGGCGCGGCCGCCAGUCCGUCCGCCCGGGGGGCCCGGCGCCGGCUCGGGGGGCCUUGACCGCCGCCAGGCAGAAGCGGCCGCGGCGAUAAAACCCUGUGCCGCGGGCUUUCCGGGAGCGACCGCUCUGUGGGUGCAGCUGGGGUCCCGCGGCCCUCUCCGUGGCCGCGCGCGGGGUGCGGCUUCCGCUCAGGCUCCUGCGCCGGGCUUGGCUGCGAUGCUGAACACAGUUGUUGAAACGUGGAACGAAACGCACGGGUAAAUAUCUCAAGGUGAGACUGUUGGAUCAUAUGCUGAUUUCUGCCUCCCAGAUGGAAGAAGGCACUGGCCUGUUUCCUGAGCAGGAGCUGGGUGGAAUCUCCCUCUUGGAAGACGCAGACGAAUUGAAGAGUCUGGAGUCUGAGGUUGAAGGUCUUGCUCUGGAAGCUGAGGAAGAUGCUGCCUCCGGAAGCUGCUGCCCCGUGGAGGAAGCAGAUGCGAACACUCAGGCAAGUACAAAACCGACUACUGCCACAGACAGACAUCAGACGCUCCGCCUGCAAAGGGACCUGAGCUACGUAGAUAAGGUGCAUGAAGAAAAAGACCUUUUCAUCCAGAAAACGAGAGCGGAGCUGUGUGCUUCUCGCCAGAGGGUCGAUUUCAUCAUCAGGCAGCAAGAGAACGUGGCGGCUGAGAUGGCGGUGGCGAAGGCGGCCGGCAACACGGCUGCUGCUGGCCGCCUCCAGGCAGGAUACUACCGCCUGCGCUCCGAGCUAGACAGCGAGAGGCAGCUGGAGUCGAAAAUCACCUCCGUGCUGCAGGAGAGCGAGAAUGACAUGUGGCACAUUGAGAUCGAGCAGGGGAAGCUCGAGGCCGUCCGGAAGUUCCUGCAGGAGGAGGUGGCAGCCACGGGGCAGCAUCUCCAGGCCCAGGCGGCCAAGCAGCUCUGCAGGGAGAAGGCGGUUUCCCGGAAGGUGGAGAGGAGCCGGCUGCUGCGGAUCAGGAAGGCCAUGCACGGCCAGAAGGAGCUGGGGCUGCGGCACCAGCAGCUGGUGGAGGACGCCCAGAAGAACCACAGGGUGGCCGUGAGGUUCCUGAAGGCCUCGCUGGGGAGAAUCCGAGAGCGAGAGAGGAAGGCGGAGACAGAGUCCCGUGAGCACCUGCAGAGACGCAUGGAGGCCGUGCUGGCCCUGAAGACCGACAUCACCGCCAACCGGGAGACGCUCCGGAAAUUUCAGGCGUGGGGCCAAGCCAGGGCCAGGCUGGCUGAACAGAAGGCCCAGGCUGAGAAAGAGGCGAUUCUGGCCCAGGAUGGGGAUGCGUUCAAGCACCUUUCCCAUCAGCGCCGGCGCCAGGAGCUGGAAGCCCAGAGACAAGCCUUCGAGGAGGAGCAGAAGCUGAGGCGGCUGGAGAUCGUAGCUCGGAUUUUGAAAGAAGAGGCUGAGGAGGAAAACAGGAAGAAAAAGCAGCCUCCAGCCCCAAAACCCCCAGCCCGGCUGACCCUGAGGGACAAGACUUGGGGCUACAUCUCCGACCUCUGCGAAGGGGCCCCCGCAGCAGUGCGGUCCAUCUGCCCCCUGGAGCCCGAGCACCCUGCGCACCCCACAGCCACGCGGCUGGUGCAGGCCAUCUCCAGCGAGUCCGUGCAGGGGGACCCCGGGGCCGCCGUCAGCCCGGAGGGGGACACGCUGGCCCAGCCCGAGAUCCCGGGGCUCUGGGACGAGGAGGAGCGGCCACACCAGGCGCCCAGGGAGGAGGCCGAGCGGGAGCGCGUGGGCGGCGCGGCACUGGACGGGGCGCUGCUGGCCCGCACCACGGAGCGGCCGCGCCACGGGCUGGUCCGCCGGCAGCCGGCGUCGGGGCACGAGUUCCGCGGGCACCCCUUCAGCAGCAAGCCCGGCCUCCUCCACUUCAAGGACUUUGACGUUGGCAAGGUGUACAAGAAGAAGAUCACGCUGGUCAACGCCACCUGCACCAUCAACUUCUGCAAGCUGGUGGGCGUGGAGGAGCACCUGCGGGAUUUCGUCCGCGUCGACUUCAACCCGCCUGGUCUGCUGUCGGCCGGGAUGUCCUGUGACGUGCUCGUCACCUUCAAGCCUAUGGUAAAUAAAGAUCUGGAAGGAAGCGUCUCGUUUCUGGCUCAGACGGGUGAAUUUUCUGUUCCACUGAAAUGCUCAACAAAGAAAUGUUGUCUAUCCUUGGACAAGAAGCUCAUUGACUUUGGCAGCUACGUGGUGGGGCAAACGGCAUCCCGGACCGUCACGCUGACCAACGCUGGGGGCCUGGGCACCAGGUUUAAGUUCCUGCCCACUUCAGAGGCCUGGGAGCAGGAACCCUCCGCUUCCGUGCUGAAGACGGGCAGCUUCCUCAUCUACGAAGACAAAGGCCUGUAUGAGAAGGUCGUCCCGAGCCUCUCUGAUCAGCAGCCGGAGGGCACCAAGUCCUCCCUCACGGACGGCCAGAGCCAGAGGGAGCCCGGGAAGCCGGGCAGCCGGGACCUGGGGGAGGGCCUUCCUGCGGAGCCAGAGAGAACAAUCUUGACCCCCGUCACGGAGAUGCCACCCUGUGAGGAGCAGACGGAGAUCACACUGGGGGAGAUAACAGAGGGUGACAUUGCCCCCUUCGCCUCCAUCAGAGUGCCCAUCAUCUUCACACCGGUCAUCCCCGGGGAGGUCCAAGCCAAUUUCAAAGUCACGUUUAAGAAUCAGCAGUGCCCGACAUUGUAUUUCAGAGCCACCGGCGUUGCCAUCGACGUGCCCGUCUGGGUGCCGAAGUCGAAUGUGGACCUGAAGAUCUGUAUGUACGACCGGCUGUACCAGGACUCCAUUCUCGUCCACUCGCGGUCGAAAGCCGCCCUGCGCCUCAAGUUCGAAGUGUGCAAGGAGCUGCGGGGCCACAUGGAGCUCCUGCCCCAGACAGGCUAUGUCCAGGCCAUGUCCUCGUACUCGGUGCAGCUCAAGUUCAAGCCCCGGCACUCCCUCCCGGAAGACGCAGGAAAAUACUUUGACAAAGAAGGGAGAGUUCUGGAGGCCCCAAUGGCGAUCUGGGUGGCUGACCAGGUGAAGCCGGUGGGGUUCACGGUCCACGCCAUCGUCACCACCUCGGACUUGGAGCUCAGCCCCUCGGAGGUGGACUUCGGCCACUGCACCAUCUACGAGGCCGUCAGGACCCAGGUCACCCUCCGCAACCACUCCCUCCUGCCCCAGGAGUUCGGGUUCGUCGGCCUCCCCAAGUUCGUGGACAUUCAGCCCAGCGACGGCUUUGGGACGGUUCAGCCGCUGGAGAGCCUGCUGCUGGAUGUGCUCUUCCAGCCGCCCAAGGCCGGGGCGUACAGCUUCGAGCUGGUCUGCAAGUCGGAGAUCAACCGACCCCCCUCUGCUCUCUGCAGGCAGUUCAAGGUGUCCUGCCGGGCCGUGGGGGUCCACCCACCCCUGGAGCUGUCCCAACACCAGAUCAAGUUUAGGGCCACUGCCCUGUACGACACGUCAGUGGCCACCCUGUAUGUGGUCAAUUCCCACAUAAGCACCAACGCCCUGACCCACUCGGUGCCGCGCAUCGGCGCGGGGGGUGCCAGCCCCGUGGGGCCCACCUCCUUCGAGUUCCUGCUGCCCCCGGGUGCGCCCCUCACCAUCUCCCCCUCUGUGGGCACGCUGCUGCCAGGAAAGAGAUGCCUGGUCCAGGUGGCCUUCCGGCCCGUGCUGCCCGAAGAGGAGGUCUGCAGGGAAGCUCUGCAGGCUCUGAGCAGAGAAGCCGAGAACAAGUUCCACAAGGACACGGCCACCCAGAGGAGGGACCUGCGGAGACAGUCCAACCCGAUGCGGCUGCCCAACCGAGAGCGGCUGUUCCGGACCUCCAGCUCCCAGGACUCAGAGCUGCAGAGGCAGGAGCUCAAUGCCAGCUGCAACGAGCGCCAGGUGGCCCAGGCGGCCCUCGCCAGAGCUUUUGGGGGAAAGUUUGACAAGUUUGUGGUCCCAUGUGUCGUUGCUACUGGUGACAUCAAAGACGAGAAGGAAACGGAGCCCAUGAGCUUCAGCCCCCACAACACCCUGUACCUGGAGCUGUGGUGUCCGGCGGUGGCACCGUCCCUCGUGGUGCUGUCCGACAAGGGCAAGACCUCCUUCAACUUCGGAGAUGUUGCCGUAGGCCACCGCGGCUUAAAGAAGGUCUCGAUCCAGAACAUCUGCCCCGAGGACCUCACUGUGGAGUUCUCCCUGCUGAACCCCAAUGGCCCCUUCGUCCUGCUGAACCCCUUCAGCCGGCUGCAGGCGGGCGAGGUCCAGGUCCUGGUGCUGUGCUUCUCCCCCCAGGAGAGCGUCCGGGCCCAAGAGACGCUGGACGUCGUCAGCAAGAGAGGCACGCUCACGCUCACCCUCGUGGGCACCGGCCUGGCGUCCACGGUGACCUGCUCCAUCGAAGGGGGCGUCCUGGACAUGGGCUACGUCAUCGCCAGAGAGUCCGUCUCCGCCACUUUCAAGCUGCAGAACAGCUCGGCGCUCCCCACCAAGUUCUCCAUGAGGCUGGACAGCCUCGCCCCCCGCAGGGGCCGCGACCAGCCGCUGCCGCAGUUCCUCGCCUCGCGCGCCCCGAGGACCGACUCGGUCGGGACGCAGAACUACAACGGCCAGAGCGUCUUCAGCGUCGUCCCCAUCGAGGGCGUCAUCGACCCCGGGCGGGCGCAGGACUUCACCGUGACCUUCAGCCCGGACCACGAGAGCCUGUACUUCUCCGACCGGCUCCAGGUGCUGCUGUUCGACAAGAAAGUUUCCCACCAGAUCCUCCUGAAGGGCGCUGCCCGCGAGCACAUGAUGUUCGUGGAGGGCGGAGACCCCCUGGACGUGCCUGUGGAGUCUCUGACCGUGACCCCCGCCUUGGACCCCGAGCGCAGAGAGGAGGCUGAGGAGCUGAAACCCAUCCUGGUGACCCUGGACUAUGUCCAGCUUGACACGGACACACCAGCCCCACCAGCCACUCGGAAGCUGCAGGUGGGCUGCAUUCGCACCACCCAGCUGUCCCCAAAGAAGACAGUCGAGUUCAGCCUGGACAGCACGGUGGCCCUGCAGCAGAAGGGUUUCUCCAUCGAGCCCUCCCGCGGCAUCGUCGAGCGCGGCCAGACUAAGGCCAUCAGCAUCUCCUGGACGCCCACUGCCGACUUCGACCCGGACCACCCGCUCAUGGCGUCAGCCCUGCUGCAGCUCAGGGGGGACGUGAAGGAGACCUACAAAGUUCUCUUUGUGGCCCAGGUGGUGAGCGGCUCCUGAGGCCGCAGGAACCUCUGCACAGAGCCCCUCACAGCCCCCCCAGGCUGUGGGCCAGGGGAACCAUACCAGGGGCCGGGGCCCGGCCAGCUCCUGCUGGGGAGGUUCAAAUGGGCAGCCCCCUUGCAUUGCGCCAUGGCCAGGGUCCCAGGACCCUCCCUCCCAUGACCCCCGUCACAGCUUCCUGCUGCCCUGGACCAAGAGUCUACCUUUGGCCACACAGUUGGAAGAAUCACCAAGGCCUGUCCAGCCCCCAGCCUGCCCCUGGCCGGAGCCCAGUCCCUAGAUCCCCUCCCGCCCACCCCAGACCUGCCAAUAAAUCCUC